AUGCUCUUCUUUUGUCCUAAUUGUGCUAAUGCUUUAUAUAUGGAAAAGCAAGGCGAGUGCCUUGUAUUUCUUUGCCAUACCUGCCCUUACCUCUACAAAGUAACUAAAACGAUUGCUAGCAGAAAUUAUCCAAAAUUGAAACAAGUUGAUGAUAUCCUUGGUGGCAAAGCAGCUUGGGAAAAUGUCGAUUCUACCGAAGCUACAUGCCCUAAAUGUGAUCACAACCAAGCCUUUUUCAUGCAAAUACAAACCCGCUCAGCUGAUGAACCAAUGACAGUAUUUUAUAAGUGUUGCAGCUGUGGCCAUCGUUGGAAAGAUUAA